CCACAGAAGAAGAAAAAAAAACGGAAAAUAUUUUAUUUGUUGCGGUUCAGGAGGACAACUUGUUAGAUAGCUAGCUCAAUUAUCUACGACCAGCACUUGCUAAAUUCACAGAUAAUCUGCGUUUUUGAUUAAACUCGAAGAGGCUGUUUACACCAUAUUUCCACGGGAGAACACCUAUGGUCGCUGGAGAAGAUGCUAGCUGUGCGCCAAUUUCUACCUAACACAAUGACCAACUACAGAGCUUUUCAUACACAACUGUCGUCCAUCAUGGAUGCAUUGACCAAAGCGGCGGUGGCAGAUAUCUGCGAGCUCGUAGAUGACAGUUAUGCUGUUUUACAAUUGGAAAUCUCUCGAAGCCACAAAGAGAAUGAGGCAUUGAGAAGGAAACUCGAGUUGAUCGAGACCAUCAUUGCGCGUGGGCAGAGAGGGAAUAUGGCAGAAACAAACCACCAAGCUAACAUUGAUUCCCUCAAUGCCGAACAUUCCUCUUCAUCUGGAAGGGCUGCCUGUACCAAGCAGUCAAAUGAAAAUCUAAGAAGAGCUGGAAAGAUCACAGCUGUUCGGGAAGCCACAGAACAGUCUGAAAAUAAAGAGGUGGUUUUGCAGGUACCUGAAGAGGAGAAGAUCAGACCUGACAUAGUCUUAAUCAAGGAGGAGAAGCUGGGCGGGGACUUGGAUAGUAGUAAUGACACACAGGAUGUUCUGCUAUUCAGUGAGAAGGGUACUGAGGCGUCGUAUGGUGAAGUGGGUGAUGGUGAAGAAGGGCCAUCCAGAACAACCUCCUCCACCAUAACUACGAGGGAGUGGGACAGAAGUGGAGAGGAUAGUGGCCACCGAUCCGAGCAGGGGAAUGAGAGUUCUCAGAGGACUCCCCAGUUUUUGCGUUCUAAAUUCACGGCCGGAAGAUGGUACCCCCUGAGCCUUAACUACACGCUGCAUGAGACACCCAGUGAGUCUGGGUCCAGUCCACCGGGGGGGAAUAAUGAAAUGGAGACAGUGGAACCCGUUUAUGAUUUCCCUUCAGAAACCGACACCGUCCCCUCUACUCACCCGACAGGGAAACGGUUUCCCUUUGAACCAGACAGUAGUCCAAAUUCUCUCGCUGGGAAUUUCGAAAUGAAAAGAGAAGUUUCCAUGGUCAGCUCUCUACCCUACGACGUGGAACUGGAUAUGUGUUCUUCAUGGAGCAACCAGGAUAUGCUGGGAAUGGUUUCCAUGCAGGACGGGAAAUACCUGAAACCGGACCGCAGGGAAUUGCUGCUUGACAAGGUUGCAGACUUGAGCUCUGCCCAUUAUCAAAUGACUGCCGCCGGACUUCACGCUGCAGCCAAGUAUGACAGCAGAGACAGCAAGCGUUUUAUUUGCACCUUCUGCAGCAAGUGUUUUACAUCGUCGCGAAAUCUGGAGACACACCUACGGGUUCACACAGGAGAGAGACCAUACAGCUGCACCCAGUGCGGGAAGAGGUUCACCCAGUCUGGCCAUCUGAAAACGCAUCAGAGCGUACACACCGGAGAGCGGCCAUUUGCCUGCGAGCAGUGUGGUAAAAGGUUUGCAGGGAAACAGAAUUUGAGGUUACACCAACAGAAAAACCACCCUAAUCUGUGAGGUGUAAGGCUAGUUGAGAGCUCCACGAACAGUUAUGCCUAACAUUUUUAGAAGCAUUAGACCAGAACCGUGACACUGUUUGACAUCUAAGUUUGAACAUUAGUAAUGAAGAAAAGGCUAUUUUGUAUUUUCACACUCAUGAUAUGUUUUGAUGGAUGAACUCCGCAAGAAUGGUGGAGGUGAAAAACAUGGUCUAACAUUGCGAUGCUCUAAUUUCAAUUUUUCUUCCAUUUAAUUGCCUUUGAAAUGAUACAAUUGAUAAUAUUUAACCCAAUGAAACAAAGCUAUUUGAUGAGACAUUAUUACCACUGGAAUGUAUUUUGAAAAUGGAACAGUCCUUCCAUAUAAGUUGUUACGAUAAUGGUCACACUUUAAAUUUACCACAAUUAAUAAAGGCUUAAUAUAGCAUACAUCACGUCUUAGGCAAUGCACUCUAUAGUUCUUAUUAAUGCAUCAUAUCCUUCUAUGGAAAUUCUCAAAAAAGCUGUGCUUUACAAAGGGCUGUAACUAUAUGUAACAAUAUAACAUUAUUAGUGUGCUUGCAAGAAGAUGACUCAUGUCAGGCCAGAACUGUAAGAGAAAAUGUGUUCUCCCAGUAAACUUACAUUUUUAUAAUACAGACCGUAGGAAAGUUUAUUUAAAGGAUGAGUCAGUUCAGAAGCUAGAAGAUUCAUUACUUGCCAACAGCUGCAAUUCCCAGUUAAACGACAUCACGUUUUUAAGUUCACUUUCAUAGUUUUGUCUAAUAACACUAUCAUGAAUCUACAAAGACGUUGUGGGUCAGUAGCUAAGUUUCCAUCCAAUUGGCGAUUUUCAUGCAAAAAUGAUAAUCUGCAUGACGAAAAUGCGCGUUUUCCAACCAGUGGUCUGUUUUCACCAAACUGACUUGUUGCGUAUACAAAUCAGUGCCUGAUGACGUAGUGCAUACAAUUUACUUUUCCGUUUAAGUUUUCAGGUACCGAAUAAAAUGUGUUCAAUGUGUUUCCAUUGCAUUUUCAACUCUACCGAUAGCUUUGUAACAAACUGUUGCAUUAAAUAGCAAAUGUGCCUACUCUGGUCUUGACACGUGCGCUCUAGCCAACAGCUCGCAGAUACAGUAUGCUAGUCUACAUGAUGAGAUUAUUAUGGAUAAGACUGAGAAUAUUUAUUUGUCAAACAGCAGUUUGAACAAAAUACAAUUUCAGCUAAACCCUAAAAGUACAGUAUCUAACAAAAUAACUACGUUAUGGCAUUCACUAUAUUUGCAUAUCAUAGAAAUGUGGAUAUGUUUGUGGAUAAAAUUCUAAUUUACUCAACCUUUUUAAAUGUAUUGAUUUACCAGUUUAUUUAGUACGUGAUUGUCAAUAUUUGGGUUUGGCAGUGUGUUGACAUUGAAGGUGAAUAACUUCCAUAAUAUGUCUGAAAUUAGUGAGUCAGAACAAUGUUUUAUUAGUUGUUCAUAUGCAAUAUAAAAAGUCAGGAAUAAGUCAAUUCUAGCUCACCAUCAGGCAAUUGUUGAACUUGUGCAUUGCAAUAUAUUUCUAAUAUUCAUGAAUAUCUGUUUUGUAAAUUCAGAGUUCCUUUUAUAAUGCAUUUACAUAACUGUCACAUAAUAUACUUCACAAUUUAAAAACAAGACCUGUAUACAGUGGCAAGAAAAAGUAUGUGAACCUUUUGGAAAUACCUGGAUUUCUGCAUAAAUUGGUCAUAACAUUUGAUCUAAUCUUCGUCUAGGUCACAACAAUAGACAAAGUCUGCUUAAACUAAUAACCCACAAACAAUGAUAUGUUUUCAUGUCUUUAUUGAAAACACUGUGUGAACAUUCACGGUGCAGGGUGGAAAAAAUGUGAACCCUUGGAUUUCAUAACUGGUUGACCCUCCUUUGGCAGCAAUAACCUCAACCAAACAGUCAGGAGGAAUUUUGGACAAUUCCUCUUUACAAAGCUGUUUCAGUUCAACAAUAUUCUUGGGAUGUCUGGUGUGAACUGCUCUCUUGAGGUCAUGCCACAGCAUCUCAAUUGGGUUGAGGUCAGGACUCUGACUGGGCUCUGACAGAAGCUGUAUUUUCUUCUGUUAACGCCAUUCUGUUGUUGAUUCACUUCUGUGUUUUGGGUCGUUGUCCUGUUGCAUCACCCAACUUCUGUUGAGCUUCAAUUGGCGGACAGAACCUUACAUCCUCCUGAAUUUUUCUGUCAAUGAUAGCAAGCUGUCCAAGCCCUGAGGCAACAAAACAGCCCCAAACCAUGAUGCUCCCUCCAUCAUACUUUACAGUUGGGAUGAGGUUGAUGUUUGUGUGCUGUGCCUUUUUUUUUCCCCCACACAUGUUGUGUGUUCCUUCCAAACAAUUCAACUGUAGUUUCAUCUGUCCACAGUGUAUUUUGCCAGUAGCGCUGUGGAACAUCCAGGUGCACUUUUGCAAACUUCAGACAGCAAUGGUUUUUCUGGACAGCAGUAGCUUCUUCCGUGGUGUCCUCCCAUGAACACCAUUCUUGUUUAGUGUUUUAAGUAUUGUAGACUUGUCAACAGAGAUGUUAGCAUGUUCCAGAGAUUUCUGUAAGUCUUUAGCUGACACUCUAGGAUUCUUCUUAAUCUCAUUGAGCAUCCUGCGCUGUGCCCUUGCAGUCAUCUUUGCAGGACGGCCACUCCUAGGGAGAAUAAAAACAGUGCUGAACUUACUCCAUUUAUAGACAAUUUGUCUUACCGUGGACUGAUGAACAUCAAGGCUUUUAGAGAUACUUUUGUAACCCUUUCCAGCUUAAUGCAAGUCUACCAUUCUUAAUCUUAGGUCUUCUGAGAUCUCUUUUGUUCGGGGUAUGGUCCAUAUCAGUCAAUGAUUCUGGUGAAUAGCAAACACAAAUUUUGUGAGUGUUAUUUAUAGGGGGGGGGGGGGCAGCUCUAACCAACAUCUCCAAUCUCGUCUCAUUGAUUGGACUCCAGGUUAGCUGACUCCUGAUUCCAAUGAGCCUUUGGAGAAGUCAUUAGCGUAGGGGUUCACAUACUUUUCCCAACCUACACUGAAUGUUUAAAUGAUGUAUACUUUGUUAUUAGUUUAAGCACACUGCUUGUCUGUUGGGACUUAGAUGAAGAUUAGAUCAAAUUUGAUGACCAAUUUAUGCAGAAAUCCAGGUAAUUCCAAAUGGUUCACAUACUUUUUCUUGCCACUGUAUAAUAAAGAGAACCUAACCACAUUUAUCUGGUUCUUACCUGUGUAGCUUCAGAGGUUCCACCUGCAAUAGUUGUGUAAUGAGAACACAGGCUGCUGUUUUAAAACUUGGGUACAGGCAGUAU